UUGACUCACUUUUGCUUAUAAAGAAGAAGGUAGCUGGAUUAUUCCUCAUUUCUUUCUUGUCUGUUUCCCUAAACUCUGAGCAGAAACCAUGCCUAAGUGUGGAGGACUUAGUGAUCCCAAGCCGGCCGACGCAGACACGCAGCAGCUGUGUGAUUCAGUGAAGGUGGAGGCACAGCAGAAAACAGGGAAAAACUUCUCUGUCUAUGAGGCCCACAGUUUCGCAACACAAGUUGUUGCUGGGACCAACUACUUCAUCAAGGUCCAUGUGGGAGAUGGCAAACAUGUCCACCUUAGAGUUUUCAAGGCACUCCCUCACGCAGGAGGUGACAUUAAGCUGCAUGGCUUGCAGGAAGAGAAGACCCUCCACGACCCGAUUGAGCACUUCUGAGAUGUUCCCACUGGCUGCAAACUCAUUAUAUUCACUGAACAUUCGGGCUGAUUUAUAUUGACCAGUGUAAACAGUUAACAUUCUGUGUGAUUGCUUCCAAAUAAUGAUGAUUCGAAGUGUCUUUAAAUUGAGCUAUUUUGUACAAGAAGUAUGAAUAAACAAAGCAGAUUUGUCAUUU